AUGGCCGGGCCACCUACUCCCCCAGCACGGGGAAGGAAUGUGCGCAAUGGCAACAGCACUGAUCGUGGUAACGGUGUGAGUUUUGAUAUCGAACUGCCUGACCGUGUGGCUGAGCCUUCGGUGAGGCAUCGGGAUCCGGAGAAAUAUAACUACGGCACUGACCGGAUACAUGUUCCUAUGGAUAAUGCUGCAAGAAGAUCGUGGACUUCAAACUACUCCAUGGAUGAUGUACUGGCCGACAGAGACGCUGCGCUUGCCGCAGCGGCUGCUCUUGGCCAUGGGGACGACGCUACCUCAUUUAUGACCGAUGAUUCGUGGAAUUCGACUCGCCGCCGCGCAGUUCUGCGCCGCCACAUUCAGCAAAGACGAAAAAAAUGGAAAAACCGGUUUAGCGACCCUUGGAUAUAUGUCAUGAAGCCUUUCGAGUUGGUUGCAAAAUGGUGGAAAAAGCGUCGGAUGCUUCCCCCGAGCCCGAAUGGCAGACGAAUUCCAGUGCGUUUGCUCAACAUGGACGACCCACUUUCUCCAUUACCAGAUGAUAGGCGUAAAGGUUCGAAGCCUUAUAUCAACAACAGAGUCACUUCGGCUAUUUACACACCAUACGACUUCCUACCACGGCAGAUCAUCUUCCAGUUCUCUAAGCGCGCCAAUCUCUACUUUUUGUUUGUGUCGAUUCUUCAAAUGAUCCCAUCCUGGAGUACCACAGGUAACUACACGACAAUCGUGCCUCUGAUGGUGUUUGUUUGCAUUUCCAUCGCUCGAGAGGGCUAUGAUGAUUACUGCCGGUUCCGUACAGAUAAGGAAGAAAAUGGACGAACCGUUUUGGUCGCUCGUGAAGACGAAAAUGGACAAGUGGAUUACAAGACAACAGAGUGGAAAGAUUUACAAGUCGGCGAUAUUGUCCGUAUCCUACAAAACGAAUGGAUUCCAGCAGAUAUUUUGCUAUUGCAUUCGUCAGGUAUGCGCGGCCAGGCUUCAAUCGAGACUCUUGCAUUAGAUGGUGAGUCUACAUUGAAGUCUAGAGAGACUCCAGCUGAUCUACAGGAACUAUUCAUGGUGGAUGAAAUUCCCCGAACCGCCGAUCUGGGGAUUGAAGUUGUCACAGAGGACCCAGGCAUUGACCUUUACAACUUCGAGGGAACUGUACAUUUACAAAAUAAGACAUUGCCGCUAAACAAUGCAAACGUUAUUUAUCGUGGCAGUGUUUUACGGAAUACUGCGUCAUGCUUCGCCCUGGUUAUAUUUUCAGGCCAAGAAACUAAAAUUCAGCUCAAUUCAAGCAAAAAUGCUAGAGCUAAAAGUCCCAAGCUGCAGGAUAAAGUCAAUCGUAUCAUCGAACUCAUGGCACUCUUUGUUCUCCUGCUGUCGGUAUUUUCCAUGGUUGCUAGCACUGUGAUUCAAAACCACCGCUUCAAAGAUAUGUGGUAUGUACACGGUCUUCAUGUUACUGUUAUUCAAAAUCUGAUGGGCUUUAUCAUUAUGUUCAAUACGCUAAUCCCGCUUUCCCUGUACGUUUCCAUGGAGAUUUGCAAGAUUAUCCAAGUGGUUUUGAUGCAGAACGAUGUGGACAUGUAUGAUACUGUUCUUGACAAUCGCUGCAACUGUCAAACCUCCUCCUUGAACGAGGAGCUUGGUCAAGUCAGUUAUAUUUUUAGCGACAAGACGGGUACGUUGACCGACAACAUUAUGCUGUUUCGUAAAAUGUCGGUCGCUGGCUAUCCCUUCAUCCAUGACCUCGACCUGUACUUUGAUGAUGAAGCUUUGGAGACUUCUUCUAUAUCAGCAAGUGUUACAUCUACUCAAGAUUCUACCAAGGCCCCCGGAUAUUUAUUUCACAAGGCCAAGACCCGCCCCUCGCUUGAUCUCAUUAGUCAAGUCGUGGCUCUUCCUAGACCAUCCGGGUUUUCUCUGCCCAGACAUUCACUUGCCUUGGCUUCUAUGAGUAGACACUCGACUGGUUACCCAGCUAUGGGCCGACCAAGCCGUGAUGCAGGACAACCUAAAUGGCAUUCGACUGCUAACCCCAGGAAACCCCAGGAAACUCCAUCAACCUUGAUGUUGUUGGAGUAUGCAAUGACACACCCACAGUCUCUUUUCUCUCAAAAGGUCCGUUUCUUUUUGUUAGCCCUUGCUCUUUGCCAUACCGCUUCACCUGUUGUUGAUCUGGUAACAAACGUCGAAAACAACACUGAGAAUAUUGAAUAUCUUGAUUAUCAGGCUAGCUCCCCAGAUGAACUGGCUCUAGUAUCCGCCGCUCGUGAUUUGGGAUACCUCGUGAUUGAUCGCCAGCACAACUCAAUCACCGUUCGAACUUAUCCGAAGGGAUUUGAAGCUGAGCCAGUGGAUGACGUGUACCAAGUACUGGACACUAUCGAGUUCACCUCACUGCGCAAAAGAAUGUCCGUCAUUGUCAGAUUCCCGGACGGACGAAUCUGUUUAUUUGGGAAGGGGGCUGAUAAUGUGAUAAUCGAACGUCUCAGGUCAUCUCUUAUUCCCACUAUCACGCAGAAGCAAGAGGAGAUUCGGCAGCAAACAGUCCUUCGUAAAAGUAUCGAAGCAGAUCUUGUGCGCAAGGGCCGUACCUCAACUUCGCAUGGGCCCCUGGGAGAACGUCCUAGCAUGUCGAUGUCACCUGUUGCGGCUAUGUUGUCUUUAGAAGAGCAUCUUCAUCGUCAGUCAGAAGACCAGACAAUCCAGGAGUCGGGACGCCGCUCUAUGCAAGCCAGACGGAGUGUUGAUGUUCACCAACUUGAUAGUGCAAGCUUGGGAGGCCGACAUUCUUUCCAAAGCACAGGGCGUAGGAGUGAAGAAGCCAAUGCUAUGGACGAUGCUCGUUCCAUUGCCACAGAAGCACCCACAGCUUUUCCAGCGGAGCGACAAGUCCUUGAUGACAGUUUCAUUUUGACCCGGACUCUCGAGCAAAUUGAUGAAUUCUCGAGUGAAGGUCUGCGUACCCUGAUGUUCGGCCAUCGGUUCCUAAAUUCUUCUGAGUACGAGUCCUGGAAAGUAGAAUAUGACGCUGCCCGAGCCUCUCUAGUCGAUCGUCAGAAGAAUAUCGAUCGUGUGAGUGAAGUUAUUGAGCGUGAUUUUGAAAUUACUGGUAUCACCGCCAUUGAAGAUAAGCUUCAGCGUGGUGUUCCUGAAGCUAUUGAGAAACUUCGUCGAGCGAAUAUUCGUAUGUGGAUGCUCACAGGUGACAAGCGUGAAACGGCCAUCAAUAUUGGCUAUUCUUGCCGACUCAUUAAGGACUACAGCACGUUGGUAAUUCUUCACAAAGACGAGGAUCUGUCUUCCAAGAUCAUGGCAGCUCUUGAGGAGCUUCGUGCUGAGCAGAUCGCUCAUUGCGUUGUUGUUGUUGACGGGCAUACACUGCAGAAAAUGGAGGAAGAUGAGACUCUAUUCUCUCUAUUCAUUGAUCUCAGUUUGAAGGCCGAUUCUGUGAUUUGCUGUCGUGCCUCACCUGCUCAAAAAGCCACUAUGGUCCAGUCAGUCCGUAGGCGCGAGCCCAAAAAGGUGACAUUGGCUAUUGGCGAUGGUGCUAAUGAUAUUGCAAUGAUUCAAAGUGCUGACUUGGGUAUUGGUAUCGCGGGCCGCGAGGGCUUACAAGCGGCACGAUCAUCGGAUUACUCCAUCGGGCAGUUCCGCUUCCUAUUGAAGCUGUUACUCGUGCAUGGUCAUUGGAACUAUGUCCGGACAUGCAAGUACAUCCUAUCGACGUUCUAUAAGGAAUUCUUUUUCUACAUGGCACAGGUUGUAUAUCAACGCAACACUAUGUUUACAGGUACAUCUAUGUACGAGAGCUGGUCCAUUUCGAUGUUCAAUACUCUGUUCACGUCGUUACCUGUAAUUUGCAUGGGUGCGUUAGAUCGAGACCUGAAUCCAGCCACUCUGCUCGCUGUACCUGAGCUUUACACCAUGGGGUCUCAAAAUAAAGCCUUUGGAUUUACAAAGUUUGUGCUAUGGCUCUGUGUGGCUAUGCUUCAGUGUGUCAUGACUUGCUUCCUCGUGUUUAAUUUCUGGGGUGAGAACUAUGGAUGGCAUGAUAACACCAUGUUCCCUGUGGGGGUGGCGGUUUUCACAUCUGUUGUGGUUAUUAUUUGCUACAAACUAUUAUUUUUGGAGAUGCAUUACAUUACUAUUUUCAAUUUCGUGGCGGCAGGACUCUCCAUUGGUGGCUACAUGGCAUGGAACUGUUUCAUUGGAGCUAUUUUCGCCUUGAGGCCCCCCAAGACCUAUUACGUUUCGUAUGCAUUCCAGGAUGGCUUUGGACGAGACGCUAAUUGGUGGGCUACUGUGUGCGUUAUUAUUGCCAUUGGUAUUGUAUUUGAAGUACUAUUGCGUCUCGUCCGUCAGGCGAUUCGACCUACAGAUAUCGAUGCUUUUGAGGUGCUCGAGAAGGAUCCGUUCAUCAUGCAAAAAUUGGAACAAGAGUCUCAAAUGGAGCUUGAGCAAGGCUGGGAAGCAGCAGAGCAAUUGCCUACUUCUUGGCGCUCGCUCUUCCAUGGCAAACUCCCUGCUGAAACGCCACGGUCUAAACGCGACGUUCCAACGGCCAUUACUUCUCGUCGGCGUCGUCGUGAUAGGUGGCUUGAGAAGCUACAUAUUGGCCGUGGCUCAGAAGAAAUCGAUCGUGAGAUUUUGGAGAUUUUGGAGCGCCGCGAGCGUGAAAUCGAGGCACAACAGCUGGCAGCUUAG